UUACAGGUUCAGUAGUGUUUCGUGCAACUGGUGUGGUAAAAGGGCGCUAGAAGACGCCACAAAAUAAAGCAUCAACCGAAGCUGGUCUCAACUUGGAAUGAGUGAAAGAAAUUCAAAAGACAAAAUGUCCAACAAACUGUACAUUUGGGACGAAAACACAAAACAGUCGCCAUUGGAAAAGGAAUCCUUUAUACCGAUAAAGGAGCCAGCAGAGGAAAAAAAGGUGGUGAUCUUCAAACCACCAGAUGACGAAGAACACGACAGAGGUGGUUGGAGCAACAAACUGGACUUCCUCAUGUCGUGCAUAAGUCUGUCUGUCGGUCUGGGGAACGUGUGGAGGUUCCCUUAUUUGUGUUACAAAAAUGGAGGAGGAACAUUCUUAUUUACAUACACGGUGGCCAUGUUUCUAUGCGGAAUACCGAUGUUCUUCCAAGAAGUGGCUAUUGGUCAGUACUUGGGAUCUGGUGGAAUGACCUUUGUAGGACAUCUCUGCCCCAUUCUAAAAGGUGUAGGCUUCGCGGCAAUGACCAUUGUGUUCCUGUUGGACAUCUACUACUGUGUUAUUAUUUCUUGGACGUUGUUCUAUAUAAUCAGUUCAUUCAGUGCGUUACCUUCCCUACCCUGGGCGGGCUGCGAUAACUGGUGGAACACAGAGAAUUGCUAUGCGGGUUCAACCAACGCAUCUGUGAUGACAAACGUUACCAGCAUUAACAACACGAUUAGGACAUCAGCGGUAGAAGAAUUUUUUGACCACCGAGUUCUUGGUAUAACCGAUGGAUUGACUAACAUUGGUGGACUUCAAUACGGACUCUUCGCUUGCUUGUUUCUAGGAUGGGUACUUGUUUAUCUGAUUAUUAGAAAAGGACUACACCAAAGUGGAAAAAUCAUAUGGUUCACGGCACUAUCACCAUAUGUCAUCCUUGCCGUUAUGGUGGUGAGAGCUGUCACUCUGGAAGGGGCGGGCAGCGGUCUGCUGUGCUACAUAACUCCGCGUUGGGAUGCGUUGUUGACCCCCGGUCCAUGGAUGGAUGGAGCCUCCCAGAUAUUCUUCGCUUACAGUAUCGGUUGUGGAGCUCUUCCCGCUAUGGGAUCCUACAACAAGUUCCACCACAAUGCUUAUAAAGACGCCGUAAUAACCUGUGUCGUCAACACCUUGACGUCUCUCUUCGCGGGGGUCGUGACCUUCGCCAUAUUGGGCCACCUGGCUUUGAAGCAGAACGUGGACGUUAGCGAUGUCGUUAACAGUGGGCCAGGACUAGUAUUCCUGACGUAUCCCGAAGUUGUUUUAAAACUGCCAGGAUCGCCGUUCUGGGCGGCCACCUUUUUUAUAAUGCUCGUGAUCCUGGGAAUCGACAGUGAAUUUUGUUUGGUGGAAGCGUUCAUAACGGGGCUGCUAGACAACUGGUCCCAACAUUUACGCCCGUACAGAAACACCUUCACCUUUGUCGUCUGCGUGGUAAUGUUCCUGCUGGGUAUUCCAAUGGUCACACAUGGCGGGAUGUACAUCUUCCAGCUGAUGGAUUACUACUCCGCCAGUGGUAUAUCACUUUUAUGGGUGUGUUUCUUCCAAACCGUGGCAAUUUCUUGGUUGUUUGGCGUUGAAAAAUUGUGCGACUGCAUCGAACAAAUGAUGGGGAUUAGGCCUAACCGAUUCUGGACGAUAUGCUGGAAGUACUUGGCGCCAUUGACGAUGGGGUUAAUUUUCAUCGGCCAGUGCCUGCAGUAUGAAAGGCUGACCUACGGGGAUUACGAGUAUCCCUACUGGGCGGAAAUUAUUGGGUUGUGUAUUAGCUUUUCUUCGAUGAUGUGGAUUCCUCUGUAUGCGAUAUAUUACGUAAUUUCGGAACCUGGCACCAUAAUCCAAAAUUUGAAAAACGGUAUCGUGCCCAAGAUCAAACAAAGGAAGAUAUCAAUACGAGUUGAAGUCACGGAACAGCUAAUAACACAGAGCAAAGUGGGGUUGAUAACUCCAUCGCCAUCUUUUGUCCAAACCGCGUCAUAGUUGUCAAUGUCCUCUUAGCGUUUUCGUGUUUAUUUUAUAAUUUGGACGUGAAUCUUGAACAUAUUUAUAAGUGUAGGCCGCAAAAGCUGCAAUGUGGUUACAAAUGGUUUGUUAAGAUACGGUCGGUUUCUUAAUCUUCAUCAACAUCUUCAAGUGUUUCGUUUAAAGCAGGCUUUUCUGUGGCUCUACCGUUUAUGUGAGAGAACUAUAGCAAAGAUCUGUCAAGCUUUAACUUUAACUCUAACUCUAACUCUAACAAUAAGUAAAAGUAAUUUGCAGUAUUAUUCAUCAAUAUUAUUAUGUAACACUUAUUUAUUUUACAUUGUCAUUAAACUGGUAUAAACAGUAA